AUGGCAGGAGGUGGUCAUCAUCCCUUCCGUUCGGACCCCGCUGUCGAGCGUUGGUCAACAAUGCAUGCCACAAUGUAUCAACGCUUCAGAAUGACGCCAAAAGCAACAAGACAAGUUCUGGCUUUGGGUGUAGCACUUCCUGCAGUAUUGUACGGUCUAUCGGUAUACGGAGAUGAUAAAUUCGAAUUCCGUGCCAGAACAAGAGAGGACAACCUAUCUCGCUAUUCCGCUCCAUCACAGGAAAAGUCUGAAGAGUAG